AUGGACGGAUUUGAUGAUGUUGGUGUUUUCUUCUCGGAUAACUUCGACGGUGAUCAGCAGCAGAACUCGAACCAAAUCAAUCUGCAACUGGUGAAGAAACAAUACCGCGAGUUUAUCCGAACGUUUUGUGAAGCUAAUUUCUCGUACAAAUACCGAGAUAAUUUGAAGCGUAACUACCUGCUGGGACGCUACUAUCUGGAGGUAGAGAUCGAGGAUCUGGCUGGGUUUGAUGAAUCGCUAGCCGAUAAACUGUACAAGCAGCCAACCGAACAUCUGCAAAUAUUUGAAGAAGCUGCUAGGGAAGUGGCAGACGAGAUCACCUCUCCCAGACCUGAAGGUGAGGAGGUAGUGCACGAUAUUCAGGUGCUGCUCGGUUCCGGUGCGAAUCCCACCAAUAUUCGCGAUUUGAAGUCGGAUUGUGUGUCCAAGCUUGUGAAGGUGGCCGGAAUCAUUAUUGCGGCUUCCGGUAUCAAGGCCAAAGCCACACGCAUUUCAAUCCAGUGUCGCACCUGUAACAAUGUCAUCCCCAAUUUGCCUGUUAAUCCGGGCUUGGAAGGAUAUCAACUACCCAGGAAGUGCAACACGGAACAGGCGGGUCGGCCGAAGUGCCCGCUUGAUCCGUACUUUAUCAUGCCUGACAAAUGUCGUUGCGUUGAUUUUCAGGUGUUGAAACUUCAGGAAUUGCCUGAUUUUAUACCGCAGGGUGAAAUACCCCGCCAUAUGCAGCUGUUCUGUGAUCGCAGCCUGUGUGAGCGCGUUGUACCGGGUAACCGAGUGUUGAUUCAUGGCAUAUUUUCGAUCCGUAAAAUAGCUCGACAGGGUAAGCGCGAUGGUCGAGAAAAAGCCAUUAUCGGUGUGCGCGCUCCGUACAUGCGCGUGGUAGGCAUAAGGGUGGACACUGAGGGUAUGGGAGCUAUCUCGCGCUUCAACAACAUCACAACGGAGGAAGAGUCGACGUUCCGGAAGCUGGCUUCAAAUCCCAACGUUUAUGACACACUGGCAGAUAGCUUGGCGCCGAGUAUUUUCGGUUCGCAGGAUAUUAAGAAAGCGAUCACCUGCAUGCUGUUCGGAGGAUCUCGUAAGCGUAUGCCGGACGGUUUGACACGUCGUGGGGACAUAAACAUUCUGCUGCUGGGCGAUCCAGGUACGGCCAAAUCACAAUUGCUGAAGUUCGUGGAAAAAGUAGCACCAAUCGCGGUGUAUACUUCGGGCAAGGGCUCCAGUGCGGCUGGUUUAACUGCCUCGGUCAUACGCGAUCCGGCCACACGCAACUUUAUCAUGGAGGGUGGCGCAAUGGUGCUAGCCGAUGGCGGCGUCGUUUGUAUCGAUGAGUUCGACAAAAUGAAGGAGGAUGAUCGUGUUGCCAUUCAUGAAGCAAUGGAGCAGCAGACAAUUUCGAUCGCUAAGGCAGGAAUUACGACCACGCUGAACUCACGCUGCUCGGUCCUGGCAGCUGCAAAUUCUAUUUUCGGUCGUUGGGAUGACACGAAAGGUGAUGAAAAUAUCGAUUUUAUGCCGACCAUUCUGUCUCGAUUUGACAUGAUCUUCAUCGUGAAGGACGAGCACGAUCAGCGUCGUGAUAUCACGCUGGCUAAACAUGUAAUGAGCGUCCAUAUGAAUGCAUCGAAGGCAACCGCGGAACCGAAGGAGGGUGAGAUACCGUUGGCCAUGCUGAAGAAGUACAUUCACUACUGUCGCAUGCACUGUGGUCCUCGGCUGAAUGAAGCGGCAGCGGAGAAGCUCAAGAGUCAGUAUGUUCGACUGCGUGCCGGUGUCGGCGAGCAUGAACGAGCAACAGACAAGCGUCUGUCGAUUCCGAUUACGGUGCGUCAGUUGGAGGCCAUCAUACGCAUCUCCGAAUCGUUGGCCAAGAUGCAGCUGCAACCCUUUGCCACCGAGGCGCAUGUAAGCGAAGCGUUGCGGCUCUUUGCCGUAUCUACGAUGACUGCCGCCAGCAGUGGUUCGCUUGCCGGUGCGGAAGGAUUCACCAGUGAGGAGGAUACCGAAAUUUUGAAUCGAAUCGAGAAGCAGCUGAAGCGUCGAUUUGCCAUUGGUUCGCAGGUGUCAGAGCAAAGCAUUAUUCAGGACUUUGGCCGACAAAAGUACUCGGAGGCGGCAGUACGAAAGGUGAUCCAUACGUUGAUACGCCGCGGGGAGUUACAGCAUCGCUUGCAGCGGAAGAUGUUGUAUCGAUUGUCUUGA